AUGGCGAACCUCUUUCGAAACCUGUUCGGACACAAAAAGAGUCACAGUAAAGGAGAUGAUGAAAAUGGGAAUGAGCAAAUGAAUAUGGAACGCGACACAUCUCGCCGAUCAGUCCGUCCACCAUCGUCAACAUCCAAAUCAGCUCUAAAAGGAGCCCGUUUCCAAGACGACAGUAUGCUUCCAGCGACUGCCGCAUACCAUACACAAAAUAGUACACGAGUGAGACGAGGACCAAAGAGUUGUCCACCAGAAUACGUGGAUGAUGAGCCAGCAAGCAGUAGAUCAUUCAAUGUGGAUUCGUUCCGACGGGAAUCCAGAGAACAACGUCGUCGCAACAACAACAGUCAACAGAUGCUUCCAUCUUCUUCUUCUAUGGUGGCGUCAUCUUCUCAUCGAAACUAUCCAUCACAGAGGUGGGAGACGUCAGAGUAUGGAAGUGAGAACACAUCUCCAAUUGGUUACCAUCGUCACCAACAACACCAUCACCAUAGACGUCAUCUGGAGGAAGAAGACUAUGAAGAGGACGACGAGACAGAAGAAGAGGUGUAUAAGAAAUCAAUGAGAUAUCAAGAAUUGAAGAGAAAAAUCCGAGCUCAUUAUGAGGAGAGACUGUUCAAUUAUGAGAGAACGCAGAGAAAUGAUCAUCGACAGAUUAAGGAAUUGGAGAAAGAAAAGGAUGAUUUGGUAAAGAUGUUGCUCCAAUCAAAUGCCAAAUUAGAAAAAGAAAAGAAAAAGACUGAAUACUUUAAAAGAAAGUGGCAAGAGGCUGAACAACAAAUCAAGACGCAACCCAAUAAUUCGUUCUCUGCACAAUUUGGAUUUCCAAUGACUCCUCAAUUCCCACAAAUGUAUCAAUUCGCACCGAAUAAUGCAGGUGGCUCAUCUCAAAGAUACUCAUUUAUCGGAGCACCAAUGCAUCCAAUUUCAUCCUCAAACACUCCAACGACUUCUGGUAUGGAUACCACUGGUGGAGGUGCUGGAGAAUCUCUCGUUCAGGCUUCUGAUGUCAGCUACCUGGCUCCACUCACAGCUACUGUCUCAUCCGCUCUUCCAAAUCUCGAAAUGUCAUCUCCUGCGGGACCCAGUACUUCAAAUGCUGGAAUCACCCAUCAGACAUCAUCAAAUUUUUUCCCAGAAGAUGAUGACGAUCAAGAUGAGACGAAGAACUUCCGUGACGAAGACAUUGAAGCUCCACGCGGAUCAACGAACACUUUGAAGCAUGAAAGUAUUAUAGAUAGCACUCAUUUUUUAAAUGACACACAUUUGUUAACUCUGGAAGAUGCUCCCGAUUCUGGAUUCAGCACAACUCCGGAUGACGAAAAAAUCAAAACAGAGAAGAUUCCAGUGCAUUGA